AUGGGAUUAUAUGCAUUUGGCUCUUUACAAUGGUGUUUCAUUUAUCAUGUUACUCGUAUUCGUCGAAAUAGUACAAUUCAAAAAUCUCGAAUUCAACAUCGUUCUAUGCCAAUAACAUCCGUUGUUACAACAGUUCUCUUUUUAAUAAUGACCAUGCCAGCUACACUUUGUCUUGCACUCUUUUUUCGAACGAUGAGCUAUUUUAUUCUGCUUCUAUUCGAUUCAAUUCUCUAUACAUAUCAUGUAUUAUCAUCAUUUAUCAUAUACAUAACUACAUUUAACGAAUUUCGAAAGGAAGCUUUUGUAUUGUUUAUUCCUGAUAGGUGGUACAAUGUGCAACCAGCAGUGUUUCGAUUAACAGAAGCAAGAAACGUAGGAAAAUGA